AUGUUUUAUUUGGGUAACAACACAGUGUCUGAGUUCACCAUCAUGGGAUUCCCAACUUUAUAUCAUUAUGGUACACUGCUGUUUGUGUGCCUUCUUAUUGUUUAUCUUCUUACUAUAGCUGGUAAUGUGACUAUAUGCGUUCUAGUGAAGGUAGACUCACGCCUCCAUUCUCCAAUGUAUAUAUUUAUUAGCGCUCUGUCCUUCUUAGAGAUCUUUUAUACAGCAGUCACCAUUCCAAAGAUGUUGGCCAAUCUCUUAGUUGGAAACAAACAUAUAUCAGUUAGAAGCUGCCUCUUCCAGACAUAUUUCUUCCAUGCUCUUGGAUCUUGUGAGUGCUACCUUCUUACCGCCAUGGCCUAUGACCGGUAUCUGGCCAUUUGCCACCCACUUCACUAUUCUUCCAUCAUGACCUCCACAAUGACCAUUAAGUUAAUAGGUUCCUGUUUCUCUCUUGGCUUUCUGUGCCCCCUCACUGAGGUUAUUCUGAUUUCUAGACUUUCUUUUUGUAAUAGUGAAAUGGAACAUAUCUUUUGUGACAUCCCGCCAUUGAUCAGCUUGGCUUGCAGUGACACCUCCAUCAACAUCCUUGCUGAAUUUGUAACAAAUUGUUUCACCAUAAUUGUCAACUUUUUCUUGGUCAUGACCUCCUAUUUUAGGAUUAUCAUCGACAUUAUGAAAAUAAAGACAUCUGUUGGACGAAUGAAGGCUUUCUCCACCUGCGCCUCUCAUCUGACUGUAGUAUUGUUGUUCUUUACCUGUAUUUUGUUUAUGUACAUUCGACUAACCAAGAGCUACUCUUUGUACUUUGACCGUGCAGUGUCGAUUCUGUAUUCAGUGGUCACUCCUAUAUUGAACCCUAUAAUAUACAGUUUUCGAAACCAAGAGAUCAGACUUGCCUUUAAAAACAGAAUGUGUCAAAGACAAAAUGUGUGA